CAGAGAAGGUAGGUGUCAUCUUGGUUGUUGCUGUAUUUUUUUACGUCCCAUUUCACAUUUCUUAUUGCUAGUACAAUUUAUUCAAGAAUCAAAGAAAGAAAGCAGAGAGAGAAAACAGAGGAAACAGAGAUGGGUGUGAUAAAGUCCGCCAUAGGAGAUGCAGUGUUGACCUCCAUGUGGGUCUUCACCUUGCCGCUGCUGAGGGUUUUUACCGGCACCAUAGCCGCGUACCUCGGUGUCGAAUCUAUACCCCUCGCUGGACUCUUGAUCACCAUCAAUCUGAUCACCCUGAUGGUGCUCUGUUUCAGCUUUGUAGGCACUCUGUUUGGAGGUGCCAGCUUCAAUCCCUCUUCCACCGUCUCCUUCUACGCUGCGGGCCUCAGACCAGAUUCUACCCUCCUGUCAAUGGCAGUGAGAUUCCCUGCUCAGGCAGUGGGCGGCGUGGCUGGUGCCAAGGCAAUUUUGCAGGUGAUGCCAGAUAAAUAUAAGUAUGUCCUUGGAGGGCCUUCUCUGAAAGUGGACUUGCACACUGGAGCCAUAGCGGAAGGGGUUUUGACCUUUGUGCUUAGCCUAGCCCUGCUGGUGAUCAUGCUUAAGGGUCCCAAAAACCCUCUGGUGAAGGUAUGGUUGGUGGGUGCGGUGACAGUGGGACUUGUUAUUAAUGGUGGAAAGUAUACAGGGCCUUCCAUGAACCCUGCAAAUGCAUUUGGAUGGGCGUAUGUGAACAACUGGCAUACUUCUUGGGAGCUCUACUAUGUUUAUUGGAUUGGGCCUCUAAUUGCAUCAGUUUUUGCGGGUUGGGUUUUUAGAUUGCUCUUCCCCAAACCACUCAUCAAACACAAGAAGGCAUAAAAUAGAAGAGGUAAAAAGGUCUUGCCCAAUGCCAAUAAUAAAUUAAACUCAUUCCAAUGUUGUUCGCGUAUUACUAGCUUACCUUACUUAGUGUUGUCAUGGAUUUGUUUGUUCCCUGUAAUGAAUGAUUAUUCAAGAUUAUAUUAUGUGGACUUAUUUUUUA